CACACCAAAUUGCUCUCCGAGCUUGUGAAGCAGCCCGACAACUCAACAUGCGCUGAUUGCGGAGCACCAGGGCCGCGCUGGGCAUCGUGGAACAUCGGCGUGUUCCUGUGCAUUCGGUGUGGCGGCUUCCAUCGGCGCAUCGGCACACAUAUUACCAAGGUCAAGUCCAUCAGCCUCGACAACUGGACACCCGAGCAGAUCGAGCACUUCCGGCGGAUCGGCAACAAGCGGGCGAAUGCCUUCUUCAACCCACACCCCGAC